GGCGGCGCCUGCACAUAUCUACCUCCAUACGAUAUGUCAAGGUUAUGUUGGUGCCAUCCUGGUGAGCCAAUGUUGAGAGGAGGAUGGACCACGCUCGCCCCCCUCCCUCCCUUCACUCUCCUACCCCGCUCUGGGACGACGAGCCGUUUCACGCUUUGGGGUCUCUUCCCACGUGUUUCACUCUUUCUCCUCUUCUAUCGAGUGCUUUUUUGUUGCGGCCCCUAGCUGAAAUUCUGCCUGCAGUGCUUCUUCCUCGUUCCCAAUCAAGCGAAACUGUUCAUUUUGUAAAGAUGGAGUUUUUAAUUCGUUGUAGAACUGUUGUGGCUCAUUGGCUCGUCCUUUUUCUUUGUGGCUUCUUGCUCCCCAUCGCCCCCCUUUUUUUAAAUGCCCCUGCCUGGUUUGCACGACCUCCUACCGGUAGUUCCAUUUCCCCUGCUUCCCCCAAACACAACGAGCCAGCAGUCCUUGGACCGGAAUAUGAUUUCUAUGCCCUCAUGAUGACUGGGGCCUUAUGUCGGAGAAGAUGGUAGCAGGAUGGGCUAUGCGGUUUCUUUAUGAUUAUUAUAGAAAAAAAGGGAAAAUUGUUGGAAUGCCCCUAAAAGUUGGGGUAUAUCAUCAGGUACUUCUAAAACACAGGGGUAUAGACAUGCAGCCAUGUGCAACUUUCUGAUAUAGGUCUGGCCGGAUGUUUCCUUAGCCAUUAGAAUUUUUGAACAUGGGUUUAAUUGCCAGAAGUAUGGGGACAUAUGGAGAAGUUUUACGGGGCUCGGUAUGGGCAUAUGCAAAAGAUGGAAUGUCCAAUGCACAAGCGGGGUGUUUCACGAAGUUUCACGUCUGUGAGGAGGGCAUUUUCCCAUACCCCUGUGUUGCAGGGGUAUCUGACGAAAUACCCCAACUUUCAGGGCCAUAUCAGCAAUUCUCCCUAGAAACGAAGUUGGGCUAUGGCUGUUCCAUCAUGCAUAAAGACUAAGUCUUCAAGUUGGCGAUUUAAUUAGAGCAAGGAUGCCAUCAAGCCUGGGCCCUUGUAAAACCACCAGUACUUGGCCCAGCUAUGAAGUCUGAGCCUUGGCCAACCGGUAUGGCGAUCCGUGCUGAGGCUGGAACUACCGGUCACUUCCCAGGCCUACUCUAAAAGAAAAGAAAAGAAAAGAGAAAACAAAAGAAAACAAAGAAAAAUAAAAAAGAAAAUGAGAGAAACAUCGGAUUUACUUCUUUAUAAAAUAAAGACAAGGAAAACAAAGAACAUAAAAAGCU